AUGAAGGAGAUGACGAAACGCUUGGGUGCUGUCGGUGCUACUCGCCUUCCAGGAUGGGGACCGCGUGAUCCUCACUGUGCCUGGUUGGAGACACUACAAGAUAUGGUUGCCAACCGAUGUCAGUGGCGUUCUUGUUGUCAGUUUCUGUCCAGAUUGCCUGAGCUUUCAACUAAGUCAUGGUUGUACGGCAGUGAAGCAUCAGUGUUGAACACUGAUGUCACGCUGUCGAUGGUGAUGAUGAUGAUGAUUCCAGAAGCCCGAUUAUUGUUUAUCACCACUCAUGCGCGACACACGUCGAAUUGGGCUGUACUUGUUGAUACUUCCCGAUUUUGGUUUAACUAUCGUCACCUGUCCAACACACUAGCUAUUUACCGGCAUAUCAAAAGGCUGGGUAUCCCAGACAGUCGGAUAAUUUUGAUGCUGUCUGAUGAUGCUAGUUGUAGCCCUAGGAAUCCCAGACCAGCUCAAAUAUUCAACAACCCUUACAAUCCAAUCAAUUUGUAUGGAGAAUCAAUUGAGGUAGAUUAUCGAGGCUAUGAAGUCACGGUUGAGAACUUCAUUCGAGUACUUACUGGUCGGCUUCCACCUUCCACACCUACUUCGAAACGGUUGAAUACGGAUGAGCAUAGCAAUAUUUUGAUCUACAUGACAGGUACUAGUUUCGUCGCACUUCAGUUAUUUUCAGGUCACGGUGGUGAUGGUUUUCUAAAAUUUCAAGAUGAAAAUGAAUUGUCCAGUAAUGAAAUGGCUGAUGUCGUGGAGCAAAUGUGGCAAAAGAAACGGUAUCACGAAAUACUGUUCAUUGUGGAUACUUGUCAAGCGGAGUCAAUGGGAAAGCUCAUUUACUCACCCAACGUUGUCACCGUCGGCAGUAGUGCAAUCGGUGAAGAUUCCCUCUCACUCCACGUUGAUAAGGACAUUGGAGUCUUCAUGUCUGAUCGGUAUUCGUAUCACGCAUCCGAAUUUUUGAAAGGCAUCACACCGGAGAGCAAACAAACCAUGGACCAAUUCCUGUCAAUUUGUCCGAAACACCAGUGCCUGUCGACAGUUGUUACACGAACCGAGCUUCUACGUCGACCUAUUCGCACGGUACCCGUGACCGACUUUUUCGCUAGUGUGAGGCAUAUUGAAGCAGGACCACAUGUCCCUGAACCAACGCCGGAUCAGUUGAACGCGACAAGGGCGCUUCCAAAACAACAACCUAUUCGAGCAGCGGAACUGAGACGUUUUCAGGUGUUCGAGAAUCGUUGUCUCAGAACCAUAGAUCGUGUGGGUUGGCAUCAGCGACCCCGUAGUGGGACGAUUGGAAAGCGAGAUUUCGGUUGUGGGACGGGUACUUCCAUUGGAGAAUGUGUCCAGCAUGAAAAGCUACAUUGGUUGGGACAUGUGUUGCGUAUACCGCACCAUCGUUUGCCGAAGAGAGUGCCGUUUUUCAUUCCUAACUCAGAGAGGCGGCCAGCUCUUGACCUGGAUGGGGACCGUGUGAUUCCCACUGCGCCUGGUUGGAGACGCUGUAAGGUAUGGCUGCGAACCAAUGUCAGUGGCGUUCUUGUUGUCAGUUUCUAUCCAGGUUGCCUGAAUGAGUGUCUGGAGGUGAAGGCACCUCGGAAUGAUUGUAGUAGGCUAGCUCUAAGUCCCUUCCCCUCCUUUAUCUUUUCCCUCACAAUAAGGCUUUCAAAUAUAUUAUAG